GCCACACAGUCAGUCUGCGGCCGCCCGCCCGGCGAGGACCAUGGCCAGGCUGAGCUGGGGGUACGCGGAGCACAACGGUCCUGUACACUGGAAUGAAUUGUUUCCCAUUGCUGAUGGGGACCAACAGUCUCCAAUUGAGAUCAGAACCAAAGAAGUCAAGUAUGACUCUUCACUCCGACCUCUGAGUAUCAAAUAUGACCCUACCUCAGCAAAAAUCAUCAGCAACAGUGGCCAUUCCUUCAACGUGGACUUCGAUGACACAGACGACAAAUCAGUUCUGCGUGGGGGUCCUCUCACUGGAAGCUACAGGUUACGACAAUUUCAUCUGCACUGGGGAUCAGCUGACGACCACGGCUCCGAGCACAUGGUCGAUGGGGUGAAGUAUGCUGCUGAGCUCCAUGUUGUUCACUGGAAUUCAGACAAAUAUCCCAGCUUUGUAGAGGCUGCUCAUGAGCCAGAUGGACUGGCUGUCCUUGGAGUGUUUUUACAGACUGGGGAACACAAUCCCCAACUGCAAAAGAUUACUGACAUUUUGGAUUCCAUUAAAGAAAAGGGUAAACAAACUCGAUUCACAAAUUUUGACCCGUUAUCUCUGCUUCCGCCAUCAUGGGAGUACUGGACAUACCCUGGUUCUCUGACAGUUCCACCGCUGCUCGAGAGCGUCACGUGGAUUGUUUUGAAGCAGCCUAUCAAUAUCAGCUCUCAGCAGCUGGCCAGAUUCCGCAGCCUCCUGUGCACAGCCGAGGGGGAACCUGCGGCUUUUCUAUUGAGCAACUAUCGUCCACCACAACCCCUGAAGGGCCGCAGAGUGAGAGCCUCAUUCUACUGAGCUCUGUCACCAGUGUGUCACCCCAAACUGGAUUGGAGCAAUCAAAAUUAAACUAAGAAAUCCAUGCUA